AUGGUUGCGGGGGAGGCAAGGCGAAUGGCAAAUUUGUGCCGCGAGAUGCGGGAGGGUGAAGAGGGGGACAAGGACAAGGACAAGGACAUGGAGGAGGAGGAGAAGAAGAGAGCAGCAGGAUGGUGGAGCCAUGAUUCUCGUCUGCCUUUCAUCCUCUCCCCGACUUCCUCCGAAUCAUCUUCCAAAGUUUCUGAUUCCAGUUCACGUCAUGCGAGAAUGCCAGGUGAGAAGGACCACAUGCAGCAGCAGGAGCAUCGACCACCUGCUGGCUCCCUGCUGGGAGAUGCGCUGAAACUUCGGAACGAGAGGGAGUUCAGGUUUGCAGUCGCACAACAGGAAGAGCUGUACUGCCCGCAGAGACUGAGAGUGAGUGACGUGCUCGGGAUCGACAAGAACAGAGAUCGGCAUGUGAGCAGAGUGCUACGAGAAGCGCUCAAGUUGAGACGAGAUCGAGAAAAGCUGUUCGACACCAGGACGCAUGCGAACGAGGAGGCUCCGACGAACCAAAAGGUAGCUGUGGGCAACCAUACUGGACAGAGCAGCGUCGAGAGAGCAGGAGGGAGCAUGGAUACCGUGGUCGACGCAGAGAAGGCGAGAUGGGCAAGUGCUGGGCGAGUGCUGAAGUCCCCUGGAGAAGGUCGAGAAAGGACGAUGCCAGUCAAUGGAGACGUAGAUGGAACGGAGAACGUUGGGAGACCGAAUGGAUGUAUCGCAAGGUUGGGGAGGUACGACGACAGAAGGCAAGGGCUGAAGGAGGACCACGAAAUUGCGGAUGAAGAGAUGCGAGGACAAAGCAGUUUGAGCGGCCAUGCAGAACUACAGUCCCGAGGAGGCGGAGGAGGAGGAUUGGGAGGAGGAGGCAGGGGCGGAGGAGUUGCUAGUGUUGGAGCAGGAGGCAGAGCAGAAGGAAGCCUCAGUGUCGGACCAGUCACAAACCCAUCGGCGAGCACAGAGGUCGUGAGAAAUGUGCGGGGGAGCAUGAGGAGCGACGAAAGUGGAGGAGGAGGAGGAGGAGGAGCGGCAGCGGCAGUAGCAGCAGCAGGAGCAUCAGGUGGAGUCAAGGUUGGAAUAGUCUCAGACGCCGAGGGGAGUAUGAAAGUCAUCAGAGGACAGCGAGGGAUUUUGAAGCUCGACAGGAGAGGAAGUGGAGAAAGUUCGGGAGGAGGUGGAGGAGGAGGGGGACGGGAAGGAGCAGGAGACAGCAGGGCGGACGCCAACCGAGGUCACGAAGGGCGAGCGAAGGGGGAGGGGGACCUUGGGGGGCGAAGCAGAGGAGGAGGAGGAGAACAAGGGACAAGGGAGACAGGUGAUCCUGUUGCAGACUCGGCGGGUCCAAGAGGGCAGGGGGAGGAACAGGAGGAAGAGGAAAGGGAGGAGGAACGUGUGGAUGCUAUCACUCAGAUCGUUCGCCUGCUGCCGUCCCUGCGGUCUAGAGGAGCUGACAAGGGGCGAGGAGGAGGAGCAGCGGAAGGGUCAGAGGACGAGGCGGAGGGGAGGAAGAUGUUGACUCUGGAAGCAAGGACCAGGGCGCUUGAGCGAGUGUUCAAGAGCUUUCACGAGGAGGAAGACAGACAGUCGGAGUCACCCGAUGGUUUCUUUGAUGACUUGUACUCCAUGGUGGGAAGGAAGGACGACAUCCUGUCAAAGAAGUCUGUUGAGCCCUCCUCCUCAGCCUCCUCCGCCUCCUCCGCCUCCUCCGCCUCCUUCUUGUCCUCUUCGUUUCUCUCCUCCUCCUCGUUUCUACGGGAUGACAACUCGAUUCCUCGCCCCGUUGCCUCUGAUGCGGAACGUGAUGCACGGUCAAUUUCGUCCUCCGGGGAAGACUUCUACUCUCCCAUAUCGGAAUUUCAUGAGACAAAUCCAAAAGUACAGAUCAAGAUUGGCAGGGAUGCCCAAACUCCCAAUGUCAUCGUCCGGCUGCCGGAGGUGGAAAGUGACCCACCGACGAUUCCGAGAAAUUUGCGAGAAAAUGGGAAAGAAGAGAAAGCGGAGGAUGAGGAGGAGAAGUCAGCAAGAAGGGAAAGAGGCGAAAAAAGAUGCUCCGAGAUGUCAGUCAGCACUGAUUUGUUCAUCGGACAUGGCCAGGAAGGAGAAGGGAAGGCGGUUGUGGAGGAUGAAAGUUUGGAUCCCGAGGCUGAGAGAAGAACAAAAGACAAGGAAGAGAAAGUUAUGAAAGAGGAGCAGGAGGACGAGGGAGAGGAUGAGAGGGAGAGGGAGAGGGAGAGGGAGAGGGAGAGGGAGGAAAACGAUCAACAGGCAAGGUCGGAGGACCUGCAGUCAGAAAUGUCUGCCGCUUCAAGUGGUGGGAAACUGUCAAGAAGUUGGGCCGACGCUCUCUGUUUCAACGAGGAGGAACAGCAGGGGCAGGAGCAGGAGGGGCAGAGGAAGGAGGAGGAGGAGGAGGAGGAGAGGGGGAGAUCGAGAAGAGCAUCAGAAAGGGCAGGGAGGACGGCGCUCUCCCUUUCUUCUACUCCUGUUUCCUCUCUUAACAUGUCAGUUUCCCCUUGCACUGCUCAAGGAUUGGCGACGAAGCUGCUGGUGCUGGCAGAGGAGGGGCAGGAGGAGGAGAAGGAGGAAGAGGUUGUGAACGAGGAGGAGGAGGAGAGGAAGCGAUCCGAUCAAGCACAUCGUCGGCUCGUCCAACAACUUGCCAGCGGAAGAAACUUGCUGCCAAAACGCGAGAACGUGGAGGAUGAGAGGGCUGCGGAGGAGCUCGGGAGUGCGCAGGGAACUAGCCAAUCGACCAGUCCCUCACUCCCAUCGCAGGAGGAGGAGGAGGAGACGGUGUUCCUUGCAGAGUCUCUCAGCUCAAUCUCCGCCAGCUCCCUCCCAGCAGACCCCGACAGGUUUCCGAGAGAGCUGGUUCUGUCCGGUCAGAGCAUGUUCCAUCCUAGCGUUCUGGGUCAGUACAGGAGGAGGUGCGCCCUCGGCCCUCCGCUGUACGACAGGAGAGGAGGAGGGUCGGUGCUCUCCUUCGACAGCAGGAUGCAGGUCUGGUCCUUGCAGUACCUACGGGAGGGGUUGGUCGGCAGCGUCGCCAUGUGGAGGAGGAGCGAGCGAGAGGAAGAGUAUCCUCUGCGGUCCUGGGUAGAGGUGACGAGCGGGGCAGCGUGGCGGAAUCCAGCGAUAUCUCUCAGUCGGGAGGAGGGAGAGGACGAGGACGAGGACGAGGACGAGAAGGAUGAGCAGAGCAAGAGGACGGGGAGGAAGGGGAAGGGGAAGGGAAGGAAGGGCUCGAGGCUACGACAUGCUCUUGCCUCCUCCUUCCAGGAUUUCUCGGCGGGCAGUGGGCAGCUGCUCCCUCCCCUCGUGGAGCUGGAGGAGGAGGAGGCGGAGGAGGAGAUUUCCCUAGCGCCUCAGGUCCUCUCCGAGACCAUCCGAGUCUACCACGAGCUUCAUCCUCCUCAGAUCGAGCUGGAGGAGGAGGCGGAGGAGGAGGAGGGGAAGGCAAGGGGAGGGCUGCCGUCUUGUGGUGCAAGAGGCAGCAGCAAGUCAGUCAGCCUUCGGGUCGCGCACACCCUGGAGGAGGGAGGAGACGUAUGCGUGUGCGCCUGCGUCGGGAUCAGCAGGCAACCUCCUCCUCCUCUCCCUCCUCGCUCCCUUUCCGUCGCUGUGAUCAUCGUCAUUGACUGGAGCUUCUCCGGGGACGCGUUGGACGCGCUGGAGCGGCUGAGCGAGGAGCUGGUGGAGGAGAUAGAAGAGGAACACGCGAUCGGAAUCAUCUCUUCCUCCGAUGCCUCUAGGGUUCACAUCCUCCCGAUGCAGGCCAGCGGGACCAACAAGUCUCAGCUACUCGGUCAGCUGGUCAAGGCCAUCGACCGUGCAAGGAGGAAGGGGCAAGGACGGUCCUCCUCUCCUCUCGCUCAAGCCAUCAUGGAAGCCUUCAGAAUUCUCAAUCCUCCUGCAGCAGAAGACUAUCUCACCCUCCCUCCCUCCUCCUCCUCCUCCUCCUCCUCCUCCUGCCCCGUCCGAUGGAUCCUCCUGCUCACCGGAGUCAACCACGGCGACUCCCCCCCGUCUUCUCACAUGCUCCUCUCCUCCCCUCCUCUCCGCGAGAACCUCCUCCUUCGCGGCUCCACACAGCUGUGGCCCAUCGUCUCCCUUCCCCGCGUCAGCGACGCCAACGAGCCCAUCGACUUCCUGUCCAGCAUGGAGGAGCUUGCCCUGCUCACCGGAGGACUGCGGCAGGUCGUCCAAGGAGGAGAGCAGGCGGAGCAGGCGGUGAGGAGCGUGUGGAGAAGGAUGAUGCAUGUCAGAGCAUGCAACGUCUCGUUGACCGUCUCGACGGAGGAGGCGGCGCUGAUGGUAUCUUGCUCGGGUAUGCCGCUCGGGUUCUCCUGCGAGGAGGAGGGAGGGAGGCGAGUGAGGAUCGACCUCGGGCAUCUGUCAGCUGGCGAGCAACGUCAUAUCCCACUUGUGCUCACGAGGAGCCGCGAGGCAGAGAAACUCCUUCACAACGGCAUCAUGCCGGAGGGGAGGCGGAUGAAGUCGGCGAUCGCCAUGUUGGAGGCUGGGAAGCUGGAAGGAGAUGCAGGAGGAGGAGGAGCAGAUGGAGGAGGAGGAAGCGGAGGAGAGGCAGGGGGAGGAGGGAGAGGAGGAGAAGGAGGUCAGGUGACGAACUGGAACCGCUGGAGGAGGGAGGGGGGCAAGAGGAUGGACGUGCUGCGGGAGGAGCUCGACAAGUCAUCGUUGCUGCUCCACAAGAGGCUCCCGCAGGAGUGGACGAUGCUGGAUCAGCUCAAGACCGACGCCGCCCGGUGCAAGCGGAUCUUGUUCCAGCUCCAUCCCCUCCUCGCCAGCUCUCUCCUGCAGGAGCUCGCGCACGCGCACCGGCUCGAGCAUCCCCUGCUGGCCUCGGGGAAGUUUUACGAGACAGGAAGGGAACGAGGGAAGGGGAAAGGAGUAGAGAGGCUGAAGUAG